GAGGCGGAGGUCGCGUGCGCGCCGCCUUCCCCGCGCGUGCGUAGUAGCCGGCAACCUGUCAGCGCCCGGCCCGUGGCGCCCGUUUGCCGUUGCUGUGGCAGCCGAGGGGCCCUGCGGGAGGCCCUGGCUGCGAGGCCUGCCGGAGGGACGGAGCCUUCCGGGAACACGAGCGGCAGCUCGGCCGCUUUCUCCUCGUCGUCGCCUUCCCCCUCCCCGCCGCAGCCGCUCACGCUGCUGGUGAUGCAGCCCUGCGGCGGGGACGGGGAGGCGGUGGGCACCUUGCUGCAGCCCCAGGUGGUGCGGCAGCCGCAGCCGCCGUCACGGGGGGCCUCGGAGGCGCCCUCGGGCCUCAUGGUCUUCUACGAGCUGGGCCCGGCGGCGGCGGGCGACGCGGACGGCGACGGGGGCGGAGGCGACAGCGCCGGCAGCCCCGGCGGAGGCCUGGAGGAUCUGGACGACGAGGAGGAGGGCGGCGCCCAGUCGGGAGGAGGAGGAGGAGGCGGCGGCUGCAAGAGCUGCACCUACAAAGGCUGCAGCGAGACCACCACGCAAGUGGCCAAGCAGCGCAAGCCCUGGAUGUGCAAGAGGCACCGCAACAAGAUGUACAAGGACAAGUACAAGCGCAAGAAGAGCGACCAGGCCUUGGGGGGCGCUGGAAGUGGCGGAGGCGGAGCAGGAGGAGGCACCCCUUGCUCUGCCACAGCCGCCGCCGCCGCCGCCGCGCAGGCUGGAGCUGGGAUCUCUCCCGGAGGCAGCGGAAGAAUUGAGGAUUGCACUGAAAGUUCAGUUUCCAUAUCAAAGCAAAGAACAGGAAACAUUGGUGAUCGGCCAGCAAAACCUACACUUUUGGAACAAGUGUUGAACCACAAAAGACUGUCACUUCUGAGAAGUCCAGAAGUUGUACAGUUUCUCCAGAAACGACAGCAGCUACUAAGUCAACAAGCAUUGGAGCAAAGGCAGCAACAGUUUCCAGGAGCACCAGUGUGAGGAUAGGAAUGUAGUUCAAGUACCCUCAGCUCAGUUUCAUGUUGGAAUGGUGGAUGAAGGAAAGAAGUUGACUAACAGAGGCCUACAAGCUGCUCUAGCUGUUUUAUGCUGUGGUUUUACUUUCUAUUGGACAAGUAAGAAAACCUAUUUGGUUUUUCCCCCAGAAUUUAUUUAUUUGUAAUGGUUUUUGUUAGCUUUGAUACAUCUUCUCUCCGUCCACUGAAGCCUGUUAAUAUUUUGGAAGCCAAGUUUUAGUGUUCUGGGAGAGAGAAAUUAAUAGAUCAAAUAAAAACCAAUUUAAUUAUUUUAAUGUUUUACUAUGUGAAAAUUUUUUAUAUCUUGCAUAAAGUUAUUCUUCGAUGACAGUCAUUGAAAAAGCAAUACUUACUUUCUAUGGAAGUUUUAAAUUGUAAACUUUGAGCCAAUCUAGUAGCCUCUGUUGCUCAGGGAUGUAGGAGAGGGGAAUGCUGGGCUUACAGCUUUGUGAGGGAAGUUCAGCAAGAUUUGGCCCACCAUUGAACACAGGUGUGACAUUUGACACUCUGGCCAAUCUAGUUGAUCAGUUUCUAUAUUGCAUUAUAAAAUAAUGUAUACUCGGUUGGUAUUAAUUUCAUGAGCCUUUUUGUAAACAUGAUUUAAGUAUUAGUGUGAGUAUUGCAGUAUAUUACUGACAUGAUUCAUAAAGAGGCAUCCAUUUGAGCUUAUUUAUAUUAAUUUUAUAUUUUUAAUGACUUGUUUACUAAAGAACACAAAUUGUUCAUACAAGGAUACAUUAAGGUAUCAGUUUUGUAUCUUUGUAAUUUUCAGGCUAUUUUUGACCGUGUUCAAGGAUUUUUUGAAACUUUUUGAAAAAUGUCAUUUAAGUUAACUUUUGUACAUCAGAUUUUUAAAGCAUUUAAAAACUGUACAUAUUGUAUAUAAUUGGUGUCCUGUUCUUUCAUAGCAAUUUCCUGACUAGUUAUUGAUAAGCUGAAGUAAGUGUGUAUGUUUUCUAGGCUACUGUUUUUAGAGAAAGAACUCUAAGCUGUGUUGGGAGAUGCAAAUUUAAAAGAUAUGUCGCUUGUCUGUUCUUUCAUUUGCAAAUUAAAUGUUUUCACCUUGACUUGCAGUUUUCAAUUCUGCAUGAAGGAAAUUAACUGUUGUUUACAGUAACCUUCCUUGUCAGAUUUAUUAUAUCAUGGGGCACAUAAUUGAGUCUAGUGCAGUGAAAUAUGAAUGAAAUAUUCCAGCAUUUUGCUAAGAGUGCUAAUCUUAGCUCAUCAAAAGUGGCAUUAUCUACCUUGCAAUUGUAUCGUACAAGAUAAACUGCUCUUCAUAUAACCAGGCAUAGGCAAACUCGGCCCUCCAGAUGUUUUGGGACUACAACUCCCAUCAUCCCUAGCUAACAGGACCAGUGGUCAGGGAUGAUGGGAAUUGUAGUCCCAAAACAGCUGGAGGGCUGAGCUUGCCUAUGCCUGAUAUAACCCAUUGUACUGAGUGAGGAUUUCUGUCCACAUGCCCCUUGCAAUCUCCUACAGUUAGUGCAAGGUGUCGUAAUAGAAGCUACUUUGGCGCUAACAAAGCAAAGAAGCUUUAGGAAAGACAACAUUUAUCAGGAGAAUAUCUGAGAUCAGAUGUGCACGUAAAAAGGGUACUUGGUCUGGAAGCAGUCAAAUAGAUGGAAAUAUAUACCUCAGAGUUCAGUUGAAAAUUGUAAUUCAGAUGUGAGAGGAUCAUUAUGCAAUUAUCAUAUUUGAAGUGGUGCUAGGCAUACCAAGCUGACAAUAUUAAAAUAAACCUUUCUUUUGAACAUACAAUUGAAUACUUCUUACCUAUAGUGUACAGUGAUGUGCCCUGCCCUAGAGAAGUAUAUGCACUCCAAACAUGCAAUAGUUCAUUUGUACAGACACACAUCUAUUAACUGCAAAGAUGGAAGCAAAUGUCCUAUACAUAAGAAAUAGAUGGGCAAACCCUUGUGUGCAUGGAAGCUAUGGGUACAUUCAGUGCCUGCUAAAAACAUUCGUUUAGACAAGCCCACCCAGAUGCUUAGACAGUUGAGGUGAUUGUGUUUUUGUGUGUUAGCUUUUGUAUGUUUUGUAGAAGGAUUGUAUUUUUUUCUUGAUUUUCUUGUCUUUUUUUGUAAGCUGCUUUGAGGUUUCUUACAAAUGGUGUUUAAAUUUGGGGGUGGGGGUAUAACCAGUGCUAAAAAUCAUGCUGGAAGAAGCAAUGGCUGUCAAUGUAGCUAAUCUAUAUGGAUAUAGAAACAAUGUAAAUCUCACUACAAAUUAGGUUUGUACGGAUUUGUUUCCAAUAAUAUGACUACUGCCAACCAUCAUUUUGGUAGUAUGGAGAGCGAACUGGCCAUGUUUUUUUCCCCCUGAAUUGGUGCCAUGUGCAGCUAUUUUUCAUUCAAAUUUCAGCCAUAAUGCAGUUCAAGUAGCUUUUGUUAUAUUAAUUCUUUUGAGAAGUCUGAGUUGUUCCAGCUUCAUGUGUUGUACUUGCUUAUUGACAUGAUGACCCUUAAGUGACAGGUGCAUAUUUUUGGUUUGUAUGUAGUAAUGUUAAUGGAAAAUAAAAGAGCGCAUCACAUUCAAGCUUGUAAAAUGAUUAGUAGGUAUGAAUAUGAAUAUGAAUAUGAAUUCUAAGCUAUUUUGUUCAUUUAUGCUGGACACACAAGAAUUGGGCUGUUUUUUAUGUUCAUUGUUGGGUGCCACCUUAAUGCCACUUCACUUGGAGUAGUUGUUUAUCAGAAUUUAAACAGAUCGUUUGAACUAUUAAGAAACCUAUUUACUCUUGUCAUGUAAAUUUGAAAAUUAAGAGUUUGAAUUUGUAUACAAGUUUUGAUGAGGCUCUUGAAGCACAGAUAUAGUAAUGUCAUUAUAAAGACUUCAUGUACCUCAGAAUGAAAUUUUAUAGCACUACAAACAAGAUAAGGAUUAAACCGAUCUUUCACUAGGGCCUUUGAGUGGAAAAGUGUACUUUGUGUUUGGUAUAAGGAAGAAGUUACCUGUUACUUUGCCUACAUGAAUGUCAUAAAUUGUGUUCUAUACUGUCCUAGAGCAAAAUUACUUUACAUGUGGAUUAAGCAAAUUUGCAGAUGGUGGUGUUAGCGUGUCAGCUCUGAAAGAUGGAGAGGCCAGUUUGGCCUUAGCAACCCUCUGAACAACAGUGAUAAGGUAUAAGCAAAUUGUCAUUAUAGUUCUUUGUAUUUUCUCUUUAAUGGCACCCUUCUGCUUCUGUAGGUACAUUUUAUCUUUGUUGUUCUGAGUUGCUCCUACUCUAAUUCUGCUGUUGACCCAUUUAUUGGUAUGUUACUGCUUUUCAAACGGAAUAAACUUCUGUCUAAAAAUUUGUCAACUCUAGACAUGAAAAUAAAGCUGCUGCACUUA